AUGACCGGCCUUCAGAACCUGUUCAGAUUCCACUUGCUAUACAUGCAAAGAUUUGGUAGAAAUGCAAAAACUCUGCAUGUAGAGCUGUUCUUCACAUUGGAGAAAAUUUUUGCAAGAGACUCAUGUGGGUUGUCAUGCCACAUUGAAUGUGCCCUCAAACACGGAAAGGUGAUACAGUUGGAUGACACAUACUCUCGUGCUUCUUAUGGUAAAGUUUCAGAGAUACUACGAUAUUGGAAGAAGCAAGUGGUCAAGGCUAAGGAUGCUCGCCAAGUUGAUGUCUUAAGUUAUAGAAUAUUAUUGAGUUACAGACUCCUUGAUGACACUUGUAAACUUAAUGAACUCUACAAAUUGAUUAAAGCUGCCAAAGUUAAAUUAGAAUUAGAAUUGGGUCCACUAGAUGGACAUUCAUCCAUGAGGUCUCGGGGACUUGCAAGUAGACUCUCUGUUGUACGGAUGUGCACACACUCUGCACUCUUGCAAUCAAACGAGCUGACGAAUUGCUGGCCUCAAAACCAAGUAGAUCCUCCCUGCGAGUUUGACUUAAAUGUUUCUUUGGUUCCUAAUCAAAAUGAGGAGCUACCAGUUCCAGAAGAGUCCUCGAGAGAUGAAAAGAGAAAUGCAUGUCAACAUGUUGAAGUAGCUAAUAGAGAAAUGCUGGAUUCUACUAGCACUCCAACAAAUAAAUUACAAUGCGUAAUCUGCAAUGUCCCGGGAAAUUAG